CCACCCCAAACCUUUUUCCACCCCAUUUUCAGCCCAAUCACUUUUCUACUUCAGUCAUUUCUCCAGCCCCAUCACUAGCCAAACCCUUUUUCUUUCUAACCUGCCCAAAUCUCACCCUAGCCCAGCCUGUUUUGAGUCCAACCCCUUCCAAAGCCCAACCCCUUCCACCCCUGCCCUGCUAUAUGAGGCUGCUCUGAGCUGAAUGGGUGUACUUUAAUCACACAUAACACAGAACUUUAUUCACUUUGGAUACAGAGGAUAUUCCAAGAGGACCUUGUCUUAUUUUCUUUAAAACUGGUUUGAAAGUUUUUUUUUUCCCUUCCAACUUUUCUGAACUUCCACAUUUCUUGGAGGUCAAUUCCUGAAGUUGGUUGAAAAGUUUGUGCAGCUGGUUUAAGACUGCUGCAGUGAGUUCACGCUGAACUGAGGAGGAGAAUAACGGUCACCAAGCUCUCAAGAUGCCACGUUCGUUUUUGGUGAAGAAGUAUUUUACAAGCAAGAAGCCAAACUACAGUGAACUGGAGAGCCAAAAUGGUCCAAUCUCUGCCAUGGUACCAGAGCGCUACCCGCUUGCAGAACUACCAACCAAAGAAGACGGCUCCCUGGUGACCACCUACACUUCGGCUCUUGUAUGGACCACCAGUGCCCUUCCGCUUUCCUUCCCUCCUGCAUCCCCUACCACGCCAUCUUCCAUCGCACCACUGGACCUCAGUUCUCCAUCCAGCUCAGGUGAGGAAGACGAAGGCAGAACUUCUGACCCCCCGAGUCCGGAUCCAUCAGAUCGUUUCCAGUGCGCCCAUUGUGGGAUUUCCUGCAGCAGCCGUGCCGCACUUUCACGCCACCAGCUGUCGCACUGCAACGCAGGCACCAAUGCUAACCUGGUUGAAAAUUCCAACAUGGCUGACACUACUACAACAAGAGCCGCCUUCCGGUGCAAACACUGCCCUAAAGAGUACAACAGCCUGGGAGCUUUGAAGAUGCACAUCCGCUCACAUACGCUUCCGUGCGUCUGCACCACCUGCGGCAAGGCGUUUUCCAGACCAUGGUUACUCAGGGGACACAUUCGUACACACACCGGCGAACGUCCGUUCUCGUGCCCUCAUUGUAACCGGGCUUUUGCUGACCGCUCCAAUCUGAGAGCUCAUCUUCAGACCCAUUCAGAGGUCAAAAAGUACCAGUGUGGCACCUGCUCGAGAACCUUCAGCCGCAUGUCACUCCUGCACAAACACACCGUGUCCAGCUGCUGCCCGACCGCCUAGACGCUCACACACAGCCACCCAUCCUCCCACGCACCAUGGAGGUUAGCAGCGUUUAACCACCAUCCAGUUGACUGAGUCUGAUCCUGGCAUGGUGGAGGAACUCAGGUUAAGGGGCGAAGCAAAAAGUAUCUGCUGGAAUGAACCCGAAAAAAUGUUUCCUUAAAAGUGCCUUAUAUUGUGUUUCUUUUUCUUUGCUGGGUUUCAUACCAGACAAAUGUUUUCUUAACCCAGUUCGAUCAAGGUUAAGGGGUGUGUGUGUGUGUGUGUGUUCUGCAGUUGGACUAUGCGCCUCAUUCUCAAGAUGCCCGGCGGUGCCGGCUGGUCCGGCCCUUUCCUUUUUGCGUGCAGCUGCUGGUGUGUGUGUGUGUGUGUGUGUAUAUGUGUGUGUGUGUAUAUAUGUGUGUGUGUGUGUGUGUAAGGGGGGGGUUAUCUCUCACCAUGCUCCACACACUUUGCAACGAUGUAUUGGGACAGCUGUGUGAGCAGAGGUGGUGUGUCGACAGACGUUUCAGCCUGGUAGAGUUGAAAAACUUCUUCUUCACGCUGUCAGAUUGUACCAACACUCAUCCCUAACGCAUUUUAUUUCCAAACAUUUGUAUCAUGUUUCUGAAUGUGUAUUCUUUUUUUUUUUACUCGAAUAAAAUGUUAAGUGUGCACUAAAGUGUUGCAAAGCACAAUGUUACAGGAAGCGACAUUAGAGAAGAUGGACGGUUCUUUAAACAAUUUUUCCUUGGUGCCAUUGUUUAAAAUAUAAAAUAAAACUAUUAAAAAAAAUCCGUGUAAGGUAUGCAUUGAUGAUGAUGAUGAUGAUGAUGAUGAUGGAAACUGUUGAUUGUUCAGUUCAUCAGUGCCAAUAGUAAAAUGAAAGGAACAAAAUGUAAUGUUCUGAAUGGAACCAGCUUUAUCUGAAAAGAAGAAAGAAGCCAAAGAUCUGUUCCAUGAACUUUUUGUCUUUUGCAAAAAUGAAUAAAAUGCUGCCUGGGUCCAUGGACCCUCUUCAAGCCAUUGUGAGAUAUGACCUAAUCUGCCUGUACAUGUGCCUUUUCUUCUUCUUCUUCUUAAAUGUAUAUUUAUAUACAGUAUAUACAGUGAUCCUGUAACAAAGAUGAUCUACAAUUACUUUUUUUUUUAAUUCAGGUCCAUUGUAUCUAUCUCAAUUGACUUUUUUUUGUAUCUCCAUUUGAAGUGGGUUUUCAAUAAAC